UACUGCUUUGGUCCUAUUACUUCGCAUUGACAAUUUUGAUAGACUUAAUUUGUUAAAAGUAAACAAUUGUGAAAUAUUUAUUAAUAUGAGCUUGCCAGCAGCUCUCUUGCAGCGCCUAAAAAAGCGAGGUCUCGUAACCAAACAAACUGGAACCACACCGAUAUCGGAAGCUAUAGAGGAAAUUAUAGCCGAAAACUACGACGACGAUGACAAGAGCGCCCCAUACCCAUAUAAAGAGGACAUAGCUCCGGAACCAAAACGCAGGAGCGCCGAGGAGCAGUUUUGGUCGCACCGCAUUAAGGAGCGCAUCGGCGUUAAUGAGUCUUACCACGGAUAUAAGCUUUGCCCAAACAAAUACAACAUCUACCACAAGUGCUCCCUAUACUGUGUUAACAAAUUUAACAGUUCUCCGCACUCGCAACCAAGUCAUAAAUAUCUAAAACGCUAUAAGAGACUUUUGCGAAAAUAUCCCCUGGAGGCAGGAUGGAAGGAUGUAUACGACAAGGGCUGCAAGGCUUACUACUUUUACAACUCAACCACGCAAACCGUUUCCUGGUUGCCGCCAUCUCAUCCGAAGGCCCGAGUUACAAACAGUGCUGCUGUAUUUCGCAGGCAACUGGCCAAUUCCAACGACGAGUAUACCUUCGACUCCAGCAGCUUGAUUUUACCUAAAUCUUCUGCUCUUAAUGAGCUCAAUGAGCCUGAGAACGCAUUCAGUUCAUCUAGUUUCGUACCUCCCAAGAAGCAAAAGUCAAGGGAUUUGGAUCGCAAGCUUCAGCGACGACGACGAAAUGAUAACUAGUAGCAUUCUAAAUACAAGGAAAUAAAACCUUAAGACAAUGAAUGGUGGUGCCGCGAAACAACUAAAUCGGCCGUAGCGGGAAUUUGAUUAAAGAAGCAACUCGAUAAAUAUUGUG